UGACGCUGCAGUGACGCGGGGCCGCUGUCGGCUCACUCUCCGGGUCGGUGAACUCUCCUUUAACGGGCUGAAUUGAAGCCGUUUCCCUUUAACGGUCAGUGAGCUGCCGCCGCUCCGGACCCAUGGUUCCCCUCGGAGAGAUGCUGUUAACCUGAUGUCCCGUAAUCAUCAUCCUCGCUGAAAAGAAUCAGGAGAAGAGACUUAAGUUUUGUUGUUAAACUCCCAGUGAAUACCAGUGAGAGUCCGAACAGAAACGGGAUGUGAGCAGGUUUCAUUAAACAAAUCCCCUCUCUACUCUGCGGUGAAGUGAGAAGUGAACCUGUCCAGCAGAGUCCAGAACCCACCAUGUCUCCAUCAGCCUGUUGACGCUGACGUCUUCCCCGACGCUGAGCACAGGGAGGCAGCUGGAGGGAGGCCAGCGAGCAUGCGGCACCGACCUGGGGUGUCCAGGAGGCGGCGCUGCUGAGAGGCAAACGGUCGGUGCUGAGUGUGUGUCUGCCGAACCGACCAUGGACGACUUCAGCAGCCGGACGUACGGGACCAGCGGCCACGACAACAGACCUCUGUUCGGGGAGACGUCCGCUCGGGAUCGAAUAAUCAACCUGGCAGUGGGGGGGUUCACCUCUAUGGUUGUUCUAGUGACGGUGGUCUGUUCCUUCGUGUUCCCCUCAUUGCCUCCUCGACCGUUAAAUGUCUUCUUCGCCGUGUGCAUCCUGUUAACCUGUGGAUCCGCCAUAGUGCUGAUAUUCUGGUACCGACAGGGAGACCUGGAGCCUAAAUUCAGGAACCUGAUCUAUUACAUGCUGGCGUCCAUCGUGCUGCUGUGUCUAUGUGCCAACCUCUACUUCCACGACGUCAGGUAAACACCGAGACGACGAGGAGGAAGAGGAGGAAGAAGGGAGGACAUGGCUCCGACAGACGGACGCACACGUGGAAGGACCAACCGUGAAAGAAACAUGUGACCAAAAAGAAAACUGUCACUCGCUAACUUGAGUGAAUUAUCCGCCAAGACUCUUAAGGAGAGACUGGACGGUUCCAGAUGGAUUAAAACUGUCUCGUCGGUGCCGGAUCAUCCACAGACACACGAGUUCAGUGUGGAAAUCAUGAGGAACAUGUCAGAGGCUAUAAAUCUGCCUGGAGGACAAAGCUUCAGAUGAAAAGGUGUGUUUACAUUCUCAGAGACAUCAUCCUUCACAUCUUCAGGUUUGAUAUGAUGGAGAAAUAAUUAUGCAACCGUUAAAGGAAAAAUCCACCACAAGUGAAAUGAGGUUUUCUUAUAAAUUCAGUGUCUUUUACAACUAUAUUUACAUCUUUAACAAACUAUCCAGGGGCGUCAGAAGAAGACGCACGCUGUAUUCAACGUGGCGCCUCGUGUAAAGUUAUGAUGACGACUUCAGACGCUGAGAGAAACUCAACAAAGCAUCUGAACCCCCGUUCAGACGGGACAAACAUCAGAGAAUUAAAUAUUCACCGUGCUCUUUUCUAAAUGAUCCAUCUGAGCAGCAUUUGGACCUUCGGGGAAAAUACAGGACAUGAAAUAGAUGACAAACGUUUCCCAGGCAAAGGAACAACAGGAACAACGAUCCUCGUCUUCCUCUGAGUCCAAACUGAGGAAAUCAUUAUCUGCCUCAAGGUUAAGUUCUGUCAGUUUGUUCAUUUGUCCGUGAGGGAGGUUGUGAUGUGACUCAGGGAAGAAUCCUUUCAACUUUGGUGCUGAUCUGGAUCAGGAGGGAGAUCCAGGAUUUAUUAUUUUUUGUUAAUUCUUUUACAUUUUGAGAUGUUUCCUUCAUUUCUCGAAGAAUAAUUCCUGGAUGUAGUGAAAUUUGGUGCAGAUCCAAAUAAAAAUCUGGAUCUAGUGAAUUUAAAAGUAGUUUCGUAAGGAGGCUCAGUUCUAACCAGAGUUCUACUGAGUGAAGUUCUAAUAUUAUUAUUCUGGUUCCCAAAUUGACGAGACGCAAAAACAACAAACACAAAAGCCAAAUUAAUUUGAAAAAACCCAGAAGGCCAUCAGCUGUCCACACGGAGAAAUGUUUAAAAACGGGGAACUUGAAGUUUGUCCAGUCUGAACGGGUUUGAGACACGAAGUUUCAGACACGAAGUUUCAGACACGAUCCUGAACACGUUCCCUUUAAACGUGUAUUUUCCAUCAACCUGAGACUUGAUGUGAAAUCUACACUUGUUGGUUUUAACUGUUCAGAUUUGAUCCGGGUGGAUUUUUCCUUUAAAGCAGGAUGAACGUCACUGAGCGUGUAAACACAGAAGUGGGGGGGGGGGUUAACGGAUCCGCCUCUUCCUGUUCUACAAACUCACCACAACACAAACAUCAGUUUGUGUGUUUUUCUUUUUUCUGUCUGUAUCUGCUUCUUCUCUGCUUUUUCCCCUUUAUCUGAUUUUCAUGGUCGGAUUUAAUUAAUUUUCCAAAUCACGUCUCGCUAAGAGGAUUUUUGUUUUUUAAAUUAGAUUUAAAUGCCGAAUUUCUGCGACUGCCAAUUCUUGCACUAAGUCCGGCUGAAUUACACUUUUGUCUAAGCCAUACACACACACUCUCUCACACACACACACACACUCAGGCCAGCUGUAGCACCAAUGAAGAUGAAUGGAGGCUUUCUAUGCAGCACAGAAGCUGCACACAGAUCUGUAAACGAUUCUAUAUCAUAUUGAUGUGUUCGCCAUCUAACGUUUGCACUGUUAAUCCUGCGUUUUACAUAUCGGAGCUCGGCCUCUGGGCGUCUCUCGCACUUCAGGAGCUUCAAGUCACAAUUUUUACAUCAGCAAUAAUAAUAACGAUCAUGAAAACGUUUUGUAUUUCAGCUCAACACGUUCAAAAUGUUAGAAAAUCACUCAAGCGAAGGAAGCACAUCCACAACACGCCAGUAGUUGUCGUGACCUGGUUCUCGUUUGUUUCACAGAGUCGCUCCUCUCAGGUUUGUGUAGAAGAAUCCAGAAACCCUGUGGGAUCAUGAAAAUCCUCCUGAAGGAGCCGAGGCCACGGGAUGAAAAGAAUAAACCUCAUGUUUUGACUUCUUCCCCUGAGGUCUGCGAACAAACCCAGGUCACAGAGAAACGCACAGAGUCACUGAAGUCACACGUUGUCAAACCCUUUGUACUGAAGCACUUAAAGUUAGUCAGAACAAAGCCUGAGUCUGAAUCUAUAAUCAGUCCAAAGAAAAGUUCCUGGAGUUGUUCUGUAUUAAUGUUUGUCUAGAAAUCUCAUGAAAAGAACCAAACCAAUGAUGUGUCCAUAUCUUCAGAUCCCUGUGUCUCUUCAUGUGUCUCUUCAUGACUCGUCUGAUCAGCUCAUGUUUGGUUUCUGUGUUUUCAUGAGAUUUGUUGACGGUAAAAGAAAAAGUAUAAAAAUAACCUGUAGCUUGUUUCUUCUGUUUAAACCGUGAACAGCUUCGUUUUCAGCUGAUCUGCGAUGAAGCUUUAAACUGACGUCACAGGAACAUGAAGCCGACCUCGCCACGACUUUAGGAUUGUUAAUGCCACGUGUUUCUCUUUUCUUUUUUAUUUAAUUAUUUUAUGGAAUAAAUAAUUAUGUAACCUGAA